UCACUAAACCCACUGACCGGAGAAAUGCUGGCUCUGCAUAAGAAUUCCUACUGCUGAAAAGUGUUCGAAGCAAGUGCAAAGCAUACAAGGAGUUAAUUAUAUCCAGAGAUACCAGGAGCCAUAAUCGGGGACGGAGUCCCCGAUUAUGGCUCCUGGAGAUACUUAAUUAUAUGUGUUAUACGUGUAGCUUCGUUUUAAUCGAACAAGGUCAAAUUUUCCGACACAACUCCUCUGAGACGAGAUUCCGACAGGCGACAUAGGAAUCUUGCGAAAUGCCGACAUGGCUGGUGGCGAAUUUCAGACAGGGGACAUGGGUACCCCCCCAAACGGGGCCUCGAUAAUGUCCAAGGGCAAAUAUCCGAGCAUAUUUUCGCGCCAAAUGAAGCCUAUAUUGUUUAUUAUCCUUGAUAUAUUUUUGGCAACAAGCGCAUUUUGGGGCACUCGGAUAUUCUCUAGUUUUAGCCGGGGCAUAUUGACGGUCAUUUAGACCAAUCGUGUGCGAGCAAAAAUAUUUGAUAGAUUAUAAGUCCUGAUAUCAUCUAUUUGCCUGACGAGACGGUAUUUUAUGCGGCUUGCCAGAAUUGAGUAAACAAUUUUACCAGGUUCCUUUGGUUCGGCUAAAGGACAGUCUAUCAUUUGUUUCGGUUUCAACUUUGUAAUUUAUACUUGGUAUUCCGGGAUUUGAGCUGACAAAGGAACCAGAUACAAAGAUGUCACUGUACAAGUAUUCUGAGGCAGCCCAGAUAGGCAUCACCGCCGCUUUCUGCUUCCUGGUAAUCGCAGACCUGGUUGGUAACAGCCUGGUCUGUGCGGUCGUUCUUCGUAACAGGAUAAUGCGUACCCCCAUGAACUACCUCCUGGUGAAUCUAGCCGUUGCCGAUAUGACUGUAGCCGUGUUCAUCGCGGCGCGCUACAUCUUCACGCUGAUAUUUACGCAACCGAAAGGGACAGCCGGCGACGUUGUAUGCCAGCUCAUCACCGGCGAGGCGUUUGUGUGGGUCGGCGCGCUGGCUUCUGCUUUCUCCCUCGUCUGCAUCGCGCUAGAACGCUACCUCGCCAUUAAAUUCCCUUACGAUGUACGCAAAAGGAUAACAACUACCAAGCUCAAGCGUAUUGUUGUUCUAGGCUGGGUGCUAGCUGUUUCAUGGAACAUGCCUCUUUUCAUUUACGCGCGGUAUGAUCCAGUCAGCGAAUUCUGUCUGUUCAAAUGGCCCACUGCUAAUUUCGCUCAAUUCCACAGCCCCCUAUGUGCCAUUGUUUAUGGCGUUCUACCGAUCACAAUCAUGAUUUACCUGUAUUCCAAGCUAGUGUACAAGCUAUGGUUUCGUCCCACGACUACGUCGACCAUGGCACAACAAAACAAGUUGCGCUACUGCAAGAAAUCCGCCCGACUCGUGGUCACGGUCAGCGUGAUUUACUCCAUCUGUUGGAUCCCAGUUCUCGUUGUCUACGUUUUCUCUUCAUUCAGCAGGCAGCCGCUUUACUCAGCCGUGCACACGACCAGCAUCGUCUUGGUCACUCUCAAUUCUGCUAUAAAUCCUGUGUUAUACAGCUGGCAGAGUGAGCGUUUUCGGAAGCACAUGCUAGCGCUGCUACCGUUUUCUUGCACGCACCAGCGUUGCAGAAUCGACCCCGCCAAACAAGUCACAUCUACAGAUCAAGAUUCAAACAAGACUUCGGGCGGUACAGAGCUGAUUCAGUUCGUGAGUAGAGGUCCCAUGGCCUAAUAAAUAACGCAUAAUUUCUCUCGAAUUAAGUUUACUGCUUCGGUUUGAGGAAAUUAGCAUGGUGGCAGAAAUCUACAACGUGUACAAGUUUGAGGUUACAGCCAGUCCAACUCAAAACGUUGACCUCAGUCAAACGUCUGGGGAAUUUUUCAUUUUCAUUACGGGGGAUUUCAUUUACCAAGAAGUGGAAACAUGAACGAGGAUGUAGAAAGUAAUCGGUUGCUUUUGUAGAAAUGUUUUCGGUUGUUUCAAGGAAACGAGUUUUUUAGUUUACUUAUGCGCACUGAAAGCAGUUUGAGCGUUGACGCACCUCUGACGUCUUCAAAAAAAA